AUGGGCGACACGACUCACUGCAACGACCUAAAAUGCCUCCCCCUCGCCCCUAAGCUCUGGAUCAAACUCAUCAAACUCAUUCCCGAAACCGGCUCCUAUACAGUCAUGAUCAGAGCUGAGCCUGGGGGUGUUCUACCUCGUCAUCGACACGUCAAGAGUGCCGAGAUCUCCAUCUUGAAGGAAAACGGAGAUCAUCCGCAGGCUGGGUACUUUGAGAAGGGAGAUUAUGUUUCGGAGCAUGAGGGUUCACAGCACGAUCCGCUUGUGUUCGAGGUGGAAACUGAGAUCGAGGGAGCGUCGAUGUUUCUGGAUGAUGAUGGAAAUGACCUUUAUGCAAUGGAUGUUCCGAUGCUUCAGAAUCUUGCGGCUUCUGCAAAAUGA